UUCCCGUUCCCCUCCAUGAUGGAGGGAUUGGCCGCCGACCACCACGACCUGAGGGACCGCGAUGAUCUCCGCGGACACGGUGCUGAAGGAGUGUGCGGAGGAUGUGUCGAGGUGGAGGGAGGACCUCGAGGAGGAUGAACCCGAAGAGCAGGAUGAUGUGGAUCACGUUCGGGUGUCGAUGCUCCCUCUACACGCUCACCACGCCAUCGAGAAGAUGGAGGAGUUUGUCUUCAAGGUGUGGGAGGGGCGAUGGCGGGUUAUCCCCCACGAUGUGCUACCUGACUGGCUAAAGGACAACGACUUCCUCCUGCACGGACACCGCCCUCCGAUGCCCAGUUUCCGAGCGUGUUUCCGCAGCAUCUUCCGCCUCCACACGGAGACCGGGAACAUCUGGACCCACCUCAUAGGUUUCCUGUUCUUCCUGAUCCUGGGCGUCCUCUACAUGUUCCGGCCCAACAUCAACUUUGUCGCACCCGUGCAGGAGAAGGUGGUCUUCGGGAUGUUCUUCCUGGGAGCUGUCCUCUGCCUCUUCUUCUCCUGGAUUUUCCACACCGUCUACUGCCAUUCCGAGAAGGUCUCUCGCACCUUCUCCAA